AUGCGUAAAGCUUUUGAGGAAGAAUCCAUUCAGAAAAGCCUGCUACUCACUUCCACAGGAGCUGGAAUCAUUAACAUAAUCGAGUCUGGUUACAAGAUCCCUGAACUGUCUCAGUAUCUUGACUAUAUUCAGGUCAUGACAUAUGAUCUUCAUGAUUCCAAAGAUGGCUACACUGGAGAAAAUAGUCCCCUUUAUAGAUCUCCAUAUGACAUUGGAAAGAGUGCUGAUCUCAAUGUGGAUUCAAUCAUUACCUACUGGAAGGACCAUGGAGCAGCACCUGAGAAGCUCAUUGUGGGAUUUCCAGCAUAUGGGCACACCUUUAUCCUGAGUGACCCUUCUAAGACUGGAAUUGGUGACCCUACUGUUAGUGCUGGCCCACCAGGGAAGUACACAGAUGAACCAGGACUCCUGGCUUACUAUGAGAUUUGUACAUUUCUGAAUGAAGGAGCCAUUGAGGUCUGGGAUGCCACCCAGGAAGUACCCUAUGCCUAUCAGGGUAAUNAGUGGGUUGGUUAUGACAAUAUCAGGAGCUUCACAUUGAAGGCUCAGUGGCUCAAGGANAACAAUUUAGGAGGUGCUGUNGUCUGGCCCCUGGACAUGGAUGACUUCAGUGGUUCUUUCUGUCACGAGGGACGUUUCCCUCUGACAUCUAUUUUAAAGAGAGAUCUGAAUGUACACAGUGCAAGUUGCAAGGCCCCUUAUCGAGGCGAGCUUUAG